CAUCGCGCGCGGCACCCGCGACCUCCACUCCCGCGACACUGCACGUGCCAUGCGGCACAAACUUUAUGCGGACGUUUAAGUUAAUUUCGUGCAAAAUGAAAGAAACUUGGCGAAGUCGCAGCUUCUCGAGAAAAUGUAUAAGCUAUCUUUGGCUGCUUGGAUGUACAACAAUCCUCAUGGCGAUGGGCGGCGAAGGAGCGGAGAUGACGUGCCCAGACGAGUGCUUGUGUCGCAUCACGUUCGAGCCCGAGGACGGCAGCUCGCUGUGCGUGCUGUGCUCGCGCGGCGGUAUGCGAUCUGUUCCUAUAGACUACCUUGAUCGAAAUGCUCACGUUAUCGCCAUAUCUGCACCGCCAGAAAACCCCAAUUUUCUCAAUAUCGGACCUAUUUUUACACAACCCGUGCCCUUCGCCAAUUUACGAGAACUACAAAUUGCCAAUUCAAAUGUGCCGUCGAUUGGAAAGUACUCAUUUUGGGGCUUACAAAACUUGAGACUCUUGAACCUGACUCACAACAAUUUGACCAGCAUUGACGCAGAUAAUUUCAGAGGACUCAUUAAUCUGACCGAGCUAUAUCUCGACCACAAUAACAUCGAGCAAAUGCCGAGUGAAACAUUCAUGCAUCUCCCCGCACUGACGACGUUGAUUUUAUCGAACAAUAAAAUAUCAACAUUGGUUCCUAGAUUAUUUCGGAUGUUGGCUAAACUCAACACUUUGGACUUAAGCAACAAUCCACUUGCUGAAUUGAAUCCUGAGGUUUUUAAAGACAUACAACAUUUGAGAUACUUUCGUUGUCGAAGGUGUUUAUUGAGAAGAGUAAAUACACAAAUAUAUCAUUUAGCUCCUCACAUUGAGGAAUUAGAUUUAGGUGAGAAUCAAUUCAAAUAUUUAACAUCAGACGAGUUUAUAAGUCUUAAAAAGUUAAAGAAAUUACGACUGGAUGGCAACCAACUGUCUGUAAUAGUGGACAACAUGUUUAGCCGGAACCGCGAGUUGCGAGUGCUGGCACUGGCACGCAACCGGCUCGCCCUGCUGGCGCCUGCCGCCCUCACCAAUCUGACCUCCCUCGUGCAUUUGGAUAUAAGUCAUAAUAAAAUUGACAGGUUCCAUUUACAAACCUUCGCUCCUGUGGUGGAGUCUUUAAAGACCAUAAAUUUCAGCGGCAAUAAUUUACCCCUCAACGAAAUUGCUAUUGUUCUUCAGAUUUUGCCAGAUAUUCAUGGAGUCGGCCUCGCUAACUUAUCCUUGGAAAUGAUACCACCAAAUUUUUUCACUUAUAAUGAACACCUUGUGGGCUUAGACAUAUCGUGGAAUAAAUUGACUGAAUUCCCAUACAAAUUACUGACAAGAACAAAAUUUCUGCAACAUCUCGAUAUAUCACAUAACAAUUUGCAAACUUUGUCUGAGCAGGAUUUGCAACGAUUGGAAGCCAUAGCUCAGAUAAGUCUGUCUAAAAAUAAAUGGAGAUGUGACCAGUGCUCCGCCGGAACUAUGCUCGUUUACAUGACUACGACCGUUUUGAAUGGAACUAUAAGGAACUUGAAAUGUUAUUCUCCUAUGAGACUGCGAGGCGUCAGCUUUGCGAAAAUGACCUUCAGUCGCCUCGAACAGUGUCCGAGUACACACGAGGCACAAAUGAGCGUAAUAGCCGGUUUAAUGCUGCUAUGUGUUGCCGUGCUGGCCGCCAUUGCGGGCGCGUUGUGCUGCACGCGACGGCGCGCCGCUCACUACUACACCAACGAGGAGAAGAGACGAGAGCACGAGCAUGAGCAUCCUGAAGAGCUGCUAGGCCGUACCGAGCUGGGCAGUGUGGCCACCAUCCACGCCCCCUACCACUUGGUAUCCAAGGGCAGCUAACAACGCGCCACUUCGUCGUCUGCUCUGGCGUCGACUAGCCACCGCGCAGUGUGUGUCGUGCUGGACCCUCCCUGCCCCCCGACCGUCACGGCGCCACCCCAUCCGACCACGCGACGCUUCUUUCCUUCGCCACCUCCACCCCUUCUACCUCCAUUCUUAAUGGACUCAAAUGAUUUGUGAUACGAAUACGAUGAAGAUGAUCUAGUUUAAGGCCAAAGAAAUUGAAAUGUCAAAAAAAUUUAAGGAAAAAAACACAAAGUAUUCAAGAAUUGCGAAAUUGUUUUUAUUUUAAGACUAGGCAACGAGUUCUAAAUAAAAUAAGAUAUAUUUUUCUACAAUUAAAGUUUUUAUAUUUAAGAUUUAUCAUCUUUACCUGAAUCAGGUUUGUUAUAAAUAUUUUCUUAAGAUCUAUGAUAUAGAAUUUUAUUUGAUUCUUAGGAUUUUGAAUGUAUAAAUUGGAAAAA